CAAGAAUCCAUUGUUGCAUUCUCCUGUACUUUACCGCUGGAGGAAUGAUCAGGAUUGUGUAAAGGCCGAGGAGCUGGAACGACUGAGAGAAGAGCAACUCAAGGACAAGGUCAGGCAUCAAGAAGAGCUGAUCGCAGAGCUGCAGAAAGAGCUGGAAAAGGCUGGAUUUGACCAGAAGGAGAAAGAGCUUAAGGAAUGGAAAGAGCGCUGGUACUCCAUCUCAGAGAGCCUCCGGCACGCACACACAGCUCCAGCAGGCCCAGGACAGCCUGGAAAUACAGCAGGAGAAGAACCACAGCCUGCAGGAUGAUGUGGAUAAACUUCGUACUGCGAAUGAACCUGCCACCUGAGGACUCAGCGGAAGAUGGGCUCACUCCAUCUACCAGCCUCCACUAUCUGCUGGGGCUGGACUACAAUGAGGCGGCUCUCAAGGACCUUCUGAAUUAUGCCCUUGAUAAGCCCCUCAAUUGGUGGAGGAUGAAAGGGCUGGAUCACCUGACGUUUGUGGGGUUCAUAAACUACCUAGCUCGUCAGGGGAACCCUCCAGCCAAGGAGGCUGCAGCGCCCCCAAUGGCGGCCGAGGAGGCUGCAGCUACCCCAGUGGCGGCUGAUGAGGCUGCGGCUCCCCCAGUGGCGGCCGAUGAGGCUGCAACGCUCCCAGCGGUGCCUGAUGAGGCUGCAGCGCCUGCAGUGGCGGCUGACGAAGCUGUAGCGCCCCCAGAGGCAGCUGACGAAGCUGCAGUGCCCCCAGAGGUGGCUGACGAAUCUGCAGCACCCCCAGAGGCAGCUGUUGAUGCUGCAGUGCCCCGCUCUUAGAAACGGAGGAGGAAGAAUGGGUCCACCUCGCCACCCCUAGAGG